AUGAGCCUUCAAUUGAACGGGGUUGCCUUUGUGACGGGUGCAGGGAGUGGCAUCGGCCAGGCCUGUGUUCAGCAGCUCGUUCGUGAUGGCUGUUCGCGCAUUGUAGCUACCGACAUCAACCGUGAAGGGCUUGCUCGCACGAAAGCGAUGGGGGAAAGCAUUAGGGCCGAUGUGCACAUUGUGGUGGAUGCCGGAGACAUUACCGAUGCGCAUACUGUGGAACGGCUCAUCACGCUUACCGUGUCGACAUUCGGCAGGCUUGAUUAUGGUCUGAACAUUGCAGGGAUCACGGGCGCUCAGAACCUCAUACCUUUAUUGCAACCGGAGCAGUAUGACGAAGUCCAACACAUCAAUGCCAGAGCCGUUUGGCUUUGUGAGCGAGCAGAGAUUGCUCAAAUGUUAACUCAGGAGCCCUUACCUUCCCAUGACGGACGCCCUGGUUCGAAAGGAUCUAUUGUCAAUGUCGCUUCAAUCUGUGGACUGGUAGGGUUUCCAAAUUCCACGCCCUAUACAAUGUCGAAGCACGCCGUUAUUGGUCUGGUUAGAUCGGAUUCUACAACUUUCGCAAACCAAGGAAUCAGAGUAAAUGCUCUCUGUCCAGGUAUCAUUGAUACACCAUUGAUUAAACCAGAGCAUCGACAGUUCUCACUGGAUUAUGCUCAAAGGUUCACUCCGAUGGGGCGGCUAGGCACGGCUCAAGAGAUCGCUGAUGUCGCGACUUUUCUCGGGCAACCUACGUCUCUGGCGCGGUCAUUGCCGUUGAUGGUGGCCAUACGGCUCAAUAGUGUCGAAAUUUAUACCAAUGCCAUCGGCCAAUGUGUAUCCAUUGAGAAGCGUCUACACGGAGGUGGCGCAUAG